GCAUGCUCCCUCCUGCCAAGCCGACACAGCCUGCGGCUGCUGGCGCACGUGCUCCGCAGGAUGACGCUGUUGAGCUCUGUGCUACGGAUGUCGAGUUCGAACCCUAGCAAGUACGCGGUUCUUCUCUGCCGGUGACGCUUUAAUCAAGGCCAACUGGUUCUGUUUCCCUCUGCAAUUUACUGCUUCCGUUAUUCGAGCCCCGCCGGAGCACCGGACGAAAGCUACUCGGAAGCCCGAGAGACACUUUUUCUGAGAGAGAGAGAUGUUAUCUUGAUGUAUCCGACCUUACUGUGUGUGCCGGUGGAGGAGCAAGAUUAACAGACGAGAAAGAUGAGCAUUGUGCCGAAGGAGACGAUUGAGGUCAUAGCGCAGAGCAUUGGGAUCAAUAACCUGUCUCCUGAUGCUGCCCUCGCUCUCGCCCCUGAUGUCGAGUAUCGCAUGCGGGAGAUCAUGCAGGAAGCUAUCAAAUGCAUGCGGCAUUCGAGGAGAACGGUUUUGACGGCUGACGAUGUUGAUAGUGCCCUGAACUUGAAAAAUGUUGAGCCAAUAUAUGGCUUUGCCUCUGGUGGUCCUUUGCGGUUCAGAAAAGCUAUUGGACAUAAGGACCUGUUUUAUCUCGAUGACAAGGAUAUAGAUAUUAAAGAUGUUAUUGAAGCUCCUUUACCAAAAGCGCCAUUAGAUACUGCUGUCCUCUGUCACUGGCUGGCUAUUGAAGGUGUACAGCCUGCUAUUCCCGAAAAUGCUCCAGUGCAAGUUAUUGCAGCUCCUUCUGAUAGCAAAAGCCAAGAACUGAAAGAUGAUAAGCUGCCUGUUGACAUUAAACUUCCUGUUAAGCAUGUACUAUCCAGGGAACUUCAGCUAUAUUUUGAAAAGAUUACUGAGCUUACUGUGAGAAACUCCGACUCUGUCCUUUUCAAAAAAGCAUUAGUGAGUCUGGCAACAGAUUCUGGACUACAUCCUUUGAUCCCAUAUUUCACAUGCUUUAUUGCUGACGAGGUGUCUCGUGGAUUGAAUGAUUUGCCUCUUCUUUUGGCUUUGAUGCGUGUUGUUCGAAGCCUUCUCCAGAAUUCUCACAUUAAUAUAGAACCUUAUUUACACCAACUGAUGCCAGCUGUUGUCACAUGUGUUGUUACAAAGAGGUUGGGGAGAAGGCUUUCAGACAAUCACUGGGAGCUUAGAGACUUUGCUGCAAAUCUUGUUGCUUCUAUCUGUAGAAGAUUUGGGCAAGUUUAUACGACUCUACAGACUCGUCUCACGAAGCAACUAGUCAAUGCAUUUAUGAAUCCAAAUCAUUCUCUAGCAACCCACUAUGGUGCAAUUCAAGGUCUAGCUGCAUUGGGACCCAAUGUGGUACGGCUUCUUAUAUUGCCAAAUCUCGAGCCUUAUCUCAAGCUCCUUGAACCGGAGAUGCUUCUUGAGCAGCAAAAAAAUAAGCUGAAGCGAUAUGAGGCUUGGCGUGUUUAUGGAGCCUUAUUGCGUGCUUGUGGCCAAUUCAUACACAACCGGUUCAAAAUCUUCCCACCUCUGCAGUCCUCAGCAGAACCUCUCUUGAAGACUGCCGCGAUAGUCAUAACCUCACACUCAAAUAAACGUAAAGCGACCACCGAGAACUCGGAGCACUUGCGGCCUUGCAAGAGAGCAGCUACCGACGGUCCAAUAACUGCAGUUUCAGCACAGCUAUCACCAUCAAGCAUGCAAGAAGCCUCGACUCCUUCGGGCGAUUACAAUGCGGGACCAUCACCAUCUUCAGGGCCAAUGCCUAAUGAUAAUGGAGGAGCCGAAGCCGAAGUCAAAGCCGAAGGUGGUAGUGCUAGUACUAGUGGUAAUAAUGGCAAUAGUCGUACUCUAAAGACGUCUGCGACCUUAGCACAAAUUUGGAAGGAUGACUUCGAUUCCGGGAAUCUCCUCGUAUCGUUCUCUGAGCUGUUUGGUGAGCCUCUUCUUCCCUUCGUUCCAUUUCCCGAAAUGUCUCUAUUCUUAUAAUUGUACAAUUCGCGACUUCAAUAAAAAGUUUGUACUAUUACUGUAAAAUUUUAUUGAUCCCCGAUUGAAUGAGAAACAGAUGGGAAUAUCACAAUCGAUGCCUUUAUUCAC